UAAAUUUGUAUUUUAUGAAUUUCAGCAAAAUAGUAGCUAACUGUUUUUUCUUGACAUUAUUAUACUUUAUUGAAAUCAUUUGAAUCCUGUUUUCUCAUCUAAAGUUGAGCAAAAUGUCCUAUUGAAUCAUUUUAACCUAUAAUAAUAAUUUGAAGACCUGUCAUUUCUUUAUUAUUAUUAAGUUAUAAUAAACAGAUGUAUGUUAACUGCUAAUAAUCUCAUUGCUUGUGUAUAGCUUGUAAUGGUUGACAAUAUUCUAGAUAUUUACUUUUCAAUGUGUGGUUAGAAAGUGUUUAAACACUGAAGAUUUUGAAAAAGAUGUUUUUAUUAUUUUCUGAAUCGGAGAAACAUACCCACUGUUCUAAAUAGUUAUAAGCAACUCUCAAAACUCACCUGAAUAAUGGAGCAGUUAGCGACAACAGAUGGACAGGUUGUAAUGCAAGCUGUGACACCUCAACAGGUACAAGUGAUGCAAAUGCCUGGACAAGUUAUCCAGGGUGCUGGAGGCCAACAGAUUAUGGUCCAUACUAUCCCCCAGGGAACUCAAGGCUUGCAACAAAUACAAGUAUUGCCAGUUUCAAGCUUACAAGCAGGCCAAGGACAAGUGCUUUUGCAGCAACCUCAACAAACUCAAAUUGUUCAGACUGCAGAUGGCCAAACUUUCAUUUACCAACCAUUGACUAUAGAUAACACAACUCUUCAGCACACUCAACCCACAGUAUUGAAUAUAAAUGGGAGCCUAGUCCAAAUACAAGGAACACCGCAAGCAACUGUAUCAGCACAACCUCAGUCCCCUACAACUCAGACUGUGGUACAACCAACCAUCACAAGUACAUCACCAAAUCAACUAGCUAUGGCUAACGGAAACUUAGUCAUGGUGAGGAACAAUAUGUCCGAUAUGUUACCAGGCACAAGUGGUGCUCAGUUUCAGAGAAUACCUCUUAACGGAACUGAGUUCUUGGAAGAAGAACCGCUGUAUGUAAACGCAAAACAGUAUAGAAGAAUACUUAAAAGAAGACAGGCAAGGGCCAAAUUAGAAGCCGAGGGUAAAAUACCAAAGGAGAGACCAAAAUAUCUGCAUGAAUCUAGACAUAGGCAUGCAAUGAAUAGAAUCAGAGGAGAAGGAGGAAGAUUCCACUCAGGUUCAGUCAAGAAAAGAAGAUCAAAUGUGAAAUCAUCUGCUUCACAUUCUGUUGUGGUUUGUAGGGAAGAAAUGAGACAAAGAGAAGAGGCUCAAGCUCAACAUAGGGCAAUGGGUAUGGCCUAUGGAAAUUUGGAAAUGCAGUCCUCAAUUGUUAUUGAGGAAGUGAUGACGGAUAUAAUAAAACCAGAUCCUUUAUAGGUUUUUAAAAGACGAAAAACAUGUUGUUAUAUUUAUUGAAACACAAAGGGGUUGAAAGCAUAUAUGUUACUUCAUUAAAUUAUUUGUUAUACACAAUAAGUAUUGCUCAUAAAAAUUUCCACCGGACAACAGAAAAAUAUUCAACGAACUAUUAUUGUUAAUGCUUCCAACUUCUUCAACGAUGUAUAUAAAAAUUGUAAAUAUUUUUUGGAUUUUUUUAAAGAGCACCUUAUUCAAACUGACUGAUUAUGUUACUUUAUAUUGAAAUAAAAAGUUUUCUAUUA